UUGCAGCGAUGCUGCGUGUCUCUUGGAUCUGGGCUGGUACAGUCCGGAGAGGAGCACGAGCGCCGCUGCUGCUAACAGCUGCGCGCCGCAGUGAUCCGGUCUCGCGCUCGCAAGGCUGUUCUUCUCGCGGAUGCCUCCGUUCGCUCGCGCGCCCAACAUCCAUCCGAAGGAGCAUUUGCCACACCGUCCGAGGGGCAUGAGCACACAGCCCGGCUCUGCCUGAAUCACGGAAAGGAACUGAGGGGAGUCGCGGAGAGCGUUGUUUUCCCCCACGAUUUUAUUCAGAGAUAUGCCCGUUCCUGACCAGCCAUCUGAACAGGAAAAGCCAGGCAUGCUGAGCCCCGUGCUGAACGCCUCCAACGGCGACGGCUCCGAGACCGAGACCACCUCCGCCAUCCUGGCUUCUGUCAAAGAGCAGGAGCUGCAGUUUGAGAGACUGACUCGCGAGCUGGAGGCGGAGCGCCAGAUCGUCGCCAGCCAACUGGAGCGAUGCAAGCUGGGAUCUGAGACUGGAAGCAUGAGCAGCAUUAGUUCCGCAGAUGAACAGUUUCGCUGGAAUAAUCAAGACGGACAGAAAGACAUUGAGGAUGAACUGACUACAGGCCUGGAACUGGUGGAUUCCUGCAUCAGGUCUCUGCAGGAGUCUGGGAUUCUGGACCCCCAGGAGUAUUCUGCAGGCGACAGGCCAAGCCUCCUAUCCCAGAGUGCACUGCAGCUCAACUCCAACCCCGAGGGGUCGUUCCCAUUCACGGCCAGCUACCACAGCAGCCAGACCCUGGCCCUGAGCGACUCAUCCGCGUCACAGCUCCCCGCCCGCAGUGGGCAGGUCGGCGGGGCGGUCCACAGCUACAACCAGGUGACGUCCAGCCGAGCGGCCCAGCUGGCCUCCGGCGACCCCGCCCAGCCGCAGUCGCGCGACUCCUUCGCGCCGAGCCACGGCAGCGCCUUCCACAUGCCUGACUCACAGCCAGCCACCUCGUCCUACUACUCCUGCGCCACCCUGCCGGCGCAGCGGGUCAGCUCGCCCCUCUCCCUGGGGGCCUCGGGCUCGCCCACCAAGCUCCAGCGCCUGGGCUCCGCCUCCGACGCGCCCGGCUACGCCACCCUGCAGCGCGUCUCCUCCUCCUCCUCGCCCAAGCAGUCGCCCGGCCGCCUGGCCAAGUCCUACAGCACCAGCUCGCCCAUCAACAUGGUGUCGUCGUCCCCGCCCAACGCCUGCGGCUCCUCCCCGCUGCACCAGGUCAGCUACGCCACGCUGUCGCCCACCAAGCGCCUGGUGCACUCCUCUGACCAGUACAAGAUCUCCCACGACCUGUUCGCCAACGCCACUCUGCAGAGACCUGGCAGCUUAGCAGGGUCCAGGGGGUCCUACAGCAGUCAGCACAGCCACUUGGGGUCAGAACUGCGGCCCCUUCAGUCCCCCGAACAUCACAUCGACCCCAUCUACGAGGACCGGGUGUACCAGAAGCCCCCCCUGAGGAGUCUCAGUCAGAGCCAGGGUGACCCCCUGCCCCCGGGACACCCCGGGGCCUACCGCACCAGCACGGCCCCGCCCUCCCCUGGUGUUGACUCGGUCCCGUUGCAGCGCACAGGGAGCCAGAACGCCACGGCGACGUACCAGCGGGCCAGCUACGCCUCGGGCCCCGCCGCCAACUACGCCGACCCCUACCGCACGCUCCAGUACUGCCCCUCGGUGGAGUCGCCCUACAGCAAGUCGGGCCCCGCCCUCCCGCCCGAGGCCACGCUGGCACGGUCGCCCUCCAUCGACAGCAUCCAGAAGGACCCCAGGUACGACCCUGAAUUCCUUGUCUGGAAUCAAAAUCAAGCCGAGAACAGAAUGACAAAGGAGUUUGGGUGGCGAGACCCGGAGCUGCCAGAGGUCAUCCAGAUGCUCCAGCAUCAGUUUCCCUCUGUCCAAUCAAAUGCUGCGGCCUACUUGCAGCACCUGUGCUUCGGAGACAACAAGAUCAAGGCAGAGAUCCGGAGGCAGGGGGGCAUCCAGCUGCUGGUGGACCUGCUGGACCACCGCAUGGCGGAGGUGCACCGCAGCGCCUGCGGGGCCCUGAGGAACCUGGUGUACGGCAAGGCCAACGACGACAACAAGAUCGCCCUGAAGAACUGCGGCGGCAUCCCGGCGCUCGUGCGGCUGCUGCGCAAGACCUCCGACGUGGAGAUCCGCGAGCUCCUCACGGGCGUGCUGUGGAACCUGUCCUCCUGUGAUGCCCUGAAAAUGCCUAUUAUCCAGGACGCCCUGGCAGUGCUGACCAACACCGUGAUCAUCCCACACUCAGGCUGGGAGGCCUCGCCCCAUCGAGAGGACCGAAAACUGCACCUGCACUCCUCUCAGGUCCUGCGCAACGCCACGGGCUGCCUGAGGAACGUCAGCUCGGCCGGCGAGGAGGCGCGGAGACGGAUGCGGGAGUGCGAGGGACUGACAGACGCACUGCUGUAUGUCAUCCAGACCGCCCUGGGCAGCAGCGAGAUCGACAGCAAGACCAUAGAGAACUGUGUGUGCAUUCUGAGGAACCUGUCGUACCGCCUGGCGGCGGAGACGUCCCAGGGCCAGCAGAUGGGCACCGACGAGCUGGACGGGCUGCUCUGUGGCGAUGCCAACAGCAAGGACGGGGAGAGCUCGGGCUGCUGGGGGAAGAAGAAGAAGAAGAAGAAGGCGCAGGAUCAGUGGGACGGUGUGGGGCCCCUCCCCGAAUCCGCAGACCCCCCUAAAGGGAUUCAGAUGUUGUGGCACCCUUCCAUCGUCAAGCCCUACCUCACCCUGCUGUCUGAAUGCUCGAACCCGGACACACUGGAGGGCGCGGCAGGUGCCCUGCAGAACCUGGCGGCUGGCAGCUGGAAGUGGUCGGUGUACAUUCGAGCGGCGGUGAGGAAGGAGAAGGGCCUGCCCAUCCUGGUGGAGCUGCUCAGGAUAGACAACGACCGCGUGGUCUGCGCCGUGGCGACAGCCCUGCGAAACAUGGCCUUAGACGUCAGGAACAAGGAGCUCAUCGGCAAGUAUGCCAUGCGCGACCUUGUCCACCGCCUACCAGGGACCAACAACAACAACAGCAGCGGCGGCAACGCCGGCGCCACCACCAACGGCACCACCAGCAAAGCCAUGUCUGACGACACGGUCACCGCCAUCUGCUGCGCCCUGCACGAGGUCAUCACCAAGAACAUGGAGAACACCAAGGCCCUGCGCGACGCCGGCGGCAUCGAGAAGCUCAUUGGCAUCGCCCGCAGCAAGGGAGACAAGCACUCUGCGAAGGUGGUGAAGGCGGCGUCUCAGGUGCUCAGCAGCAUGUGGCAGUACAGAGACCUGCGCAGCCUCUAUAAGAAGGAUGGAUAUUCUCAGUAUCAUUUUGUGGGCUCUGCCUCCACAAUAGAGAGGGACAGGCAAAGACCCUAUUCUUCCUCCCGAACCCCCUCCAUCUCCCCAGUCCGGACGUCCCCGAACAAUCGAUCAGCGAGCGCGCCCGCCUCGCCCCGAGAGAUGACCAGCCUAAAGGAGAGGAAGACAGACUACGAGUCGACCGGAACCAAUGCCAGUUACCACGGAAACAAAGGGGAGCACCUGUCCCGGAAGGACGCCAUGGCAGCUCAAGUAUCAAGCGGAACCUCAACGCUGUUCCGGAAUUCGUAUGUAACACCCAACGAGGACAUCAAACACAUCCAGGUCUCCGCCCAGCCUCUCCCUGCAGACAGCACCAGGAAAGACUACGAGACUUACCCAGCCUUUCAGAACUCCAGCAGAAACUUUGAGGAGGCUUUCUAUGAGGACCAGGUGCACCAGCGCCCCCCAGCGGCAACAGACUUGAACAUGCACCUGGGGCUGAAGUCCACCGGCAACUAUGUGGACUUCUACUCAGCCUCCCGCCCCUACAGCGAACUCAACUAUGAGACCAGUCACUACCCGGCUUCACCUGACUCCUGGGUCUAGGGUCGCUGUCCAAUGGUGGAGUUCAGGGGUGGGGCUCUGACCAAUGGCAGAGUGCAGGGGUGGAGGCUCUGUCCAAUGGCAGAGUGCAGGGGUGGGGGGGGGGUCUGUCCAGCAGCACAGUGCAGG